AUGGCAUUGGCUGGCAAGCUUGUCCUUCUUAGCACGGCAGAUAAGCACUCGAUGUGCCUCCGGAAGCUCUACAGUGACUAUUGCAACCCAACCAACCACCAUGGGAUUUUAUGGGAGACUACAAAAAAGAACGGAUUAUCGAAAGGUGCUCGAGGAGGUGUCAUAGCUGCCGUAGUAAUCGUCUGCGGCAUUGUCUUGCUCCUCCUCGGAUGGUUUCUAUGGCGUAACCGCAAGCUCAAGCUCACCAAGGAACUAGCAGAAGCGCAAGAAGGAGUACCGCAAUGGCCAACAAAGUGGCCCACGCGAGCAAAGCCUACUGCCACCUCUACGCAACCAAGGAACAGCCAUGGUGAACCGGUCGAGCUGGCACCACCGGCCUACGAUAUUGCUCAACCAUUACCGACGUACGAGGCACCGAGACAAAAUCAUGAUGCACCAGAAUCUUACGAAUUAUCGAACAUGUCACAUGGGCAGAGACCUGCACGUCAGGAUGUAUAG